AUGAGCGACACGGACGUACCGCGUGCGCACCACCACCGCAACCGCAGCGCACGAGGCGAAUCAUCCAGAAGAGAUAGGAACAGGGACAGAGAAAGGGACAGGGACAGGCCGCCGCGGACGAAAGGAUCGCGGACGCGGAGAGGCGCCAGCAGCGCAGAUGAAGGCAGAGCCGACAGACGCAGCAGGUCGCAGUCGCUUUCCGCAAAUGCGCUGGCGCAACUGAACCAGGACAAUGUGAAGCAGCAGAGACAGGCUGAUCGCGAGCGGAGGAAACGAGACCGCGACCGUGGGAGAGGAGGGGUAGACCCUGAUGAGAGAGCCCGAGAGCGCGCGGAGAGACACCAAAGGCGAGAGCGAGAACGCGAGCGAGAACGGGAACGGGAGCGGCAGCGAGAGCGGGAGAGAACAAGAAAAUACCGCAAGCCUAGCAAGCAGAAAAAGUCCAGAGUUGUCAGCGGGGCAGUGAUGGAGGAGGGGAGGUCCAAGGGAUGGCGGUUCGGGUUUGGGUUUGGGGGUCACUCGCGGGAUGAUAGCUAUGACAGUCUAAGAAAAGAAGACAUGUAUAGUCAGCCGGAGAAGAAGAAGAAAAAGGGGAUGUCCAAGAGAAAGAAAUGGAUUAUUGGAGGAAUAGUUGCCCUUGUUCUACUCAUCAUCAUAAUCGUCGCCGCGGUGCUCGGCUCAAAGCACAAAUCAGGCGGUGGUAGUAGCGAUGAUUCGUCGUCUGGGUCUUCUGCAAGCAGCAGCGAUGUUCCGCUCAAAUACAAAAAUACAGAUCUCGACCCUUCGACGUGGGCGAGCACAGAAGAUUUCAAUACUACCUUUACCGACGAGAUGGUUGGAGGUCUUCCUGUAAUGGGUCUUUACUCGAAAUGGGACGAUUCUACUCAGGCGAACAGCAAGGUGCCCGCGCUGGAUAAGCCUUGGGGGGACUAUUCGAAAACACCAGCUAAAGGAGUCAACUUGGGAGGGUGGCUAUCGAUUGAGCCUUUCAUCACACCAUCUCUCUUCAACUAUCCUUCUGGUUCCGGAAUCGUGGACGAAUGGACCCUAUGCGCGCAUCUCGGGUCCAAGGCCGCAUCGACGAUUGAGAAUCAUUACAACACCUUUGUUACUGAGGAUGAUUUCAAAGCUAUUGCCGACGCCGGUCUGGAUCAUGUCCGCAUUCCGUUCUCGUACUGGGCUGUCCAAGUUUACGACGGUGACCAGUACAUCUAUCGAACUUCGUGGCGAUACCUCCUGCGCGGCAUCGAGUGGGCUAGGAAAUACGGUCUACGGGUCAACCUCGACUUACACGGCCUACCAGGGAGCCAGAAUGGAUGGAACCACAGCGGCAGACAGGGCACAAUCGGCUGGCUCAACGGCACCAACGGGGCUCUAAACGCACAGCGAUCCCUCGACAUUCACAACAGCCUCUCCCAAUUCUUCUCCCAGGACAGAUACCAGAACAUCAUCACGCACUACGGCCUGGCCAACGAGCCUAAAAUGACCUUCCUCAAGGCCAGUGACGUUGUCAACUGGACGGAAACGGCAUUCACCAUGGUUCGCAAAAACGGCUUCAAGGGGCUGGUCAUCUUUGGUGAUGGCUUCAUGGGCCUGGACAACUGGCAGGGUCUCAUGCAGGGCUACGACGGGCUGGUUCUCGAUGUCCACCAGUACGUGAUUUUCAACCAGAACCAGAUCGACUACACGCACCAAAAGAAGAUACAGUACGCGUGCCAGGGAUGGACACAGCAGGCGCUGCAGAGCCAGGACAAGAGCACGGGCUACGGGCCCACGCAAUUCGCCGAAUGGUCUCAAGCAGACACAGACUGCGCCCAGUACGUGACAAACGUCGGCCAGGGCAACCGGUGGGAGGGCACGCUCAACACGGGCAACGCGAGCACGGCGAUCCUGUCGCCAGACUGCCCGACCAAGAACAGCCAGUGCUCGUGCGACAACGCCAACGCGGACCCGAGCAAAUGGAGCGCCGAGUACAAAAAGUUCUUGUCCAUGUUUGCUCAGGCGCAAAUGUACAGCUUCGAAAAGGGGCUCGGCUGGUGGUACUGGACGUGGAAGACGGAGAGCUCGCCGCAAUGGAGUUAUCAGGCCGGGAUGGCGGCGGGCGUGUUGCCGCAGAAGGCGUGGGAGCGGGAUUUCAACUGCGAUACAGACGUGCCGGACUUUGCGGCGAGCGGAUUGCCAGAGUAUUAUUGA